AUGGCCCUGGAGGAGAAGCGGGAGAAGCGCCCGCCCGUUACCCCCAUGAUGAUCGAGGAGGAGGCCGCCUUGCGGAACGGCAGCCGGGGGCUGCCGCCGGGACCCUGGGCCGAGGCGGCGGGGCCAAGACCCCGCACCACGGAGCGACACAUCGCCGUGCACAAGCGCCUGGUGCUGGGCUUCGCCGUCUCCAUCCUAGCUCUGCUGGCGGUGACCAUGAUCGCCGUGCUGCUCAGCGUCCGCUUCGAGGAGUGCGGCGCCGCCGCCGACGGUCCGCCGCGGGCCGGCGGCAACGGGAGCCUCUCGGGGGCACCCCGGCAACCGCCCGGUGCGGGGCAGCCCCCCGGCAGGCCGGAGGAGGAGGCGCGGGGCGGGGAAGCGGCGGAGGAAGAGGAGGAGGAGGAGGAGGAGGAGGAGUGGCAGCGGCGGCGGGAGCCGCCGCCCUGGGCCCGGCCGCGGCUGCCACGGCACCUGCGGCCGCUGCAUUACAACCUGAUGCUGAGCGCCUUCAUGGAGAACUUCACCUUCAGCGGGGAGGUGAACGUGCAGCUGGAGGUGCGGAACGCUAGCCGCUACAUCGUGCUGCACGCACAUCGCAUGCACAUCGAGGCGGUCCGCGUGGCCGAGGACAAGCUGGCCGGCGGUGUGCAUGUGGCCCGCACCUUCUUCUAUCCCCAAACCCAGGUGUUCGUCGUGGUCCUCAACCGUAGCCUGGAGGUGCAGAGAAGUUACAACCUCAAGAUCAUCUACAACGCCAUAAUCGAGAACGAGCUGCUGGGCUUCUUCCGCAGCUCCUACGUCCUUCACGGCGAGCGAAGGUUUCUUGGUGUUACGCAGUUUUCUCCUACUCACGCCAGAAAAGCCUUUCCUUGCUUUGAUGAGCCCAUCUACAAAGCCACAUUCAAAAUCAGCAUCAGACAUCAAGCGACUUACUUAUCUUUGUCCAACAUGCCAGUUGAAACUUCUGUUUUUGAAGAAGAUGGAUGGGUUACAGACCAUUUUUCACAGACCCCUCUCAUGUCAACCUAUUACCUGGCUUGGGCAGUAUGCAAUUUUACGUACCGGGAAACUGUCACCAAGAGUGGAGUAGUUGUACGGUUAUAUGCAAGGCCUGAUGCAAUCCGAAGAGGAUCAGGGGACUAUGCUCUAAAUAUUACAAGAAGACUCAUUGAGUUUUAUGAAGAUUAUUUUAAAGUGCCCUAUUCCCUGCCAAAAUUAGAUCUGUUGGCUGUGCCUAAGCAUCCAUAUGCUGCCAUGGAAAACUGGGGUCUGAGUGUUUUCGUGGAGCAAAGGAUACUGCUAGAUCCAAGCAUUUCUUCUAUUUUAUACCUGCUGGAUGUCACCAUGGUCAUUGUACAUGAGCUAUGUCAUCAGUGGUUUGGCGACCUUGUAACUCCAGUUUGGUGGGAGGAUGUGUGGUUGAAAGAAGGUUUUGCUCACUAUUUUGAAUUUGUUGGGACAGACUACCUCUACCCAGGGUGGAACAUGGAAAAGCAGAGAUUUCUGACAGAUGUCCUACAUGAAGUGAUGUUGCUGGAUGGGUUGGCCAGUUCACAUCCAGUAUCCCAGGAAGUGCAGCAAGCCUCAGAUAUUGACAGGGUGUUUGACUGGAUUGCCUAUAAAAAGGGUGCAGCUCUGAUUCGAAUGUUGGCUAACUUUAUGGGUCACUCUGUGUUUCAAAUGGGCUUACAAGACUACUUAACUAUUCACAAGUAUGGCAAUGCGGCCAGAAAUGAUCUCUGGAACACACUGUCAAAGGCUUUAAAAAGGGUUGGAAAAUCUGUGAAUAUCCAAGAAGUAAUGGAUCAGUGGACACUACAGAUGGGUUAUCCUGUUAUCACUAUCUUGGGAAAUGAAACUACAGAGAACAUUAUAGUCAUCUCCCAAGAGCGUUUUGUUUAUGAUAGUGAUACUAAACCCAAGGAUCCUGCCCGUGGAGACAACAGCUACUUGUGGCAGAUUCCAUUAACAAUUGCAGUAGGAAAUACGAGCCACAUCUCAUCAGAGGCAAUUAUAUGGGUGUCUAACAAAUCAGAACACCACAGAAUUCCUGCUUUGGAAGAGGCAAGUUGGUUGCUGGGGAACAUCAACCAGACUGGCUACUUCAGAGUUAAUUAUGAUAUUAGGAAUUGGAGGCUGCUUAUUAAUCAGCUAACAAGGAACCAUGAGGUUAUCUCUGUCAGUAAUCGAGCAGGCUUGAUUGAUGAUGCAUUCAAUCUAGCCAGAGCUGGUUAUUUGCCUCAGAAUAUUCCUUUGGAGAUUAUGAGGUACCUUUCAGAGGAAAAAGAUUUCCUGCCUUGGCAUGCUGCCAGCCGAGCUCUUUAUCCUCUGGAUAAAUUGCUGGACCGUACAGAAAACUACAAUAUCUUCAAUGAAUAUAUUUUAAGACAAGUGGCAUCAAUGUAUCUGAAGCUCGGAUGGCCAACAAACAAUUUAAAUAAAUCACUUGUUCAAGCAUCAUACCAACAUGAAGAGUUGCGUCGGGAAGUCAUAAUGUUGGCCUGCAGCUUCGGGAACAAACACUGUCACCAGCAGGCUGCAACCUUAAUCUCUGACUGGAUUUCUAGCAAUAGGAACCGAAUCCCUCUCAAUGUGAGAGACAUUGUCUACUGUACAGGAGUUUCACUGAUGGAUGAAGAUGUGUGGGAGUUCAUUUGGAUGAAAUUUCAUUCUACCACAGCAGUAUCUGAGAAGAAAAUACUAUUAGAAGCCUUAACUUGCAGUGAUGACAGAAACUUGCUCAACAGACUUUUGAAUUUGUCUCUCAACUCAGAAGUUGUCCUGGAUCAGGAUGCGAUUGAUGUGAUAAUCCAUGUAGCUCGAAAUCCACAUGGAAGGGAUCUUGCUUGGAAGUUUUUCAGAGAAAAAUGGAAAAUACUAAAUGCUAGGUAA